AUUUUAGCACUUAACAUUUAAGGAUGUGUAACUUGGCCAGUAAUAUAACGAGCAUGUUUAAAAAAAAGCAUUAUUUUUUCUCUUAUAAUUUGAAAAAACGAACACUAAGUCCACACAGCAAAGUGUAAAUGCAUCGUUAAUAUAGUCCAAACUAAGCCACAGCCUUCUUUUUAGCCAACGGAGUGAGUCAUCCACAAUAGACCAUCUUUGAGCUCGUCUUCUUCCGGCUCAGAAAUGUGACGUAAAGGGCGCAAAUAUACAAGGGAGGUCUUUGUAGUAAGUUGAGACGCUUGAGCCGCAGCGUUUUCCUCACGAGAGAAGAUGCACAACUGGCAGGAGAACGAAAUCAAAGAACUUCUGAACAUCCGGGGCACGGAGGCGAUCCGCAACCAGAUCACAGGCACCGUGAAGGACUCGGUGGUUUACAGCCGGAUCACCAAGCAGCUGGCGGAGAGGGGGGUGUUCAGGUCCCACAUGCAGGUGAUCAGCAAGCUGAAGGCGCUGAGGAAGCAGUACCUCAAGUACCACCAGCAGAAGAUCCGCUGCGGGAGCGACCGCGUCGACUGGCCGUUCUACGACCAGUGCCACCGGGUCUUCGGUUGCCCCCCCGUGGCGGUGAAGCGCCAGAGGAGUCCCACGCCCCCGCUGGAGUCCUCGCCUUCGCCCCCGCCGCCGCCGCCGACUCCUCCGCCGCCUCCGCCGCCGCCGUCCGCGCUCAGCGACGAGCAUCAUGAGGUCGUGGUCGGCCUCUGGGACGAGGUGGACAAGCACCUGGGUCCCGUGGAGCCGGAGGACGACGAUGACCAGUACAGUCCCCCAGAGCAGCUGCACACCAUCAACACCACAUACAAGGUGCCAACGAAGAAAAGGAAAACGACGGUCAUGGACCAAGUCUCCGCUUUAGUGUCGGCCACAGUCGCCCAGCUCAGAGAGAUGGACUCCGCCAUGCAGGCGCAGGAAGACGCCCGGCUUCAGAGGUUAAUGGACCACGAGAGGGAAAUGCAGAACAAUCUAAUGAAUCAGCUCGCAGUCAUGCAUGAACGGGUCAGUCAAGAAAACCAUGAGAGACACAUGGAACUCGUUGACAGGAUACUCUCUAGGUUCCCUUCAUCUUCAGCCCCAUCAGGCCGCUGACUGACUUCCUGUGUGAGUGACGAUGGUGAACGACAGGGUUUUCCUUUUUUUGAGGAGUAGGGAACAUGUUUGACUCUCCCCUCCACCAGCUGACUAGUGCCUGAGACCCCAUUACUUUUUUAAAAAAAUUUUUUUUACUGUAUUUAAAAAGAUCAUUUUGCAUUUAACCUCAACCCCAUUGGCCUGCAGCGGAUACAGAUUCAGGUUAAACCCAGACCAGGCUCCCACCACUGCUCUGAUUCACUGCUAGUGAUUUUAUCUGUAUUAUCUUAAAUUAUUAUUUCACUGUAAACUGACCGUGGUGUCAAACACACAAAUGUACAGAAACAAUAACCAAACACUAACCUGACAGGGACAGAGACUCUGCACCACUGUAGCAGCAUCAUAAACCAUUUGUUAAAUGCAUAUUGUAAUGCAAUAUUCCCCAAAAAUCGUAUAUAUAUAAUCAGCCAGUUGUGAAUUGAUGACUUUAUACUAAAUGUAUAAUUGUGUUGCAGUGUUUUGGCAACUGGUUUUGAUUUUGACGAACAUGUAUAUUUUGAAUCAUUAUAUUUGUAUUAGUUUAGAAAGCGUAACUUACACACAGCUUUGCAAUUUUCCUUGUUAACAGAAGUGCAACAGGUCAUGUAAAAUUAUGUGAGCAGGAGAUGGCGUGUGUGUUCUCACAGACGCACACAGACUGUUGUCCAUUCGUCCAUCACAACAUUUAGUCUUUACUAAAUAUAUUUCAUCAUAGAAACGAUUUAUUUUAAUUUUUUACAAAAUUUCCUGAACAUAAUAAGCUCAUGUUUUGUGGCGUAUAUAUCUCAACUGUUGGUUCGUGUGGAGCAAACUGGGCUGAAAGAAAAACGUCAUCUGCGGUGUGAGGCUGCUGAAUCUAAAUCUGGAGACUUCCAACACCUGCAGUGUGAACACAGCUUUCCGUUUGAAGGAAAGGAGACAAACGUGUCGCAAAACAAACCCCUAGAAUGUGACGUGUGGACGGACGUGCUGUGCCUCUCCCACCAGCUCAGCUGAGCAUGUUGGUGUGUGAACAGUGAACCCAACGCUAAAGCAAAAACAAAUCAUUGGCCGCUGUGGCCUUUUGUUGUAGGAAAUGCUUGAGUAAGCGUUUGCUUUCAUUUGGGAGCAUUCAUAUGCAGAGAGAGCUGCAUGAAUUCAGUAGAGAGGGCAGUCGCUGCACGUCACCCGAGGUAAUGCUGUUGAAAUUUGGCAUUUAGAGAAGACAUGGCUGUGGCGAACAUUGAUGUAAAGAUCAUGUUUCAGCCGUCACAGUGCUGCAGUGCCCCCUGGAGGGAGAGGAAGCCAGAGUAAGCUCCAAGUACAAGUCAAACGCUGGGUGGAGGAAAUGCUGCUCCUCAGUGGUGUGUCUGUAGAACAGGUCACAGACGCAUGGGGAUGCAAAGCAAAUACUCAGAAACUGAUAAAGGUUUAAAGUUCUAAGAUUUAUUAAACAAAAAUGCAGUGCAGUUACAUUGAGUAAAAAUGUAGUGCUAGACUUCACAAACUAAGAAUAUAAAGUAAUUUGCCUGUCGCUGUCUGAAGUGUCAUUCUUGGCUGACACGAAAUUCCCGGUUGCGUUUACUGUGUUCAGCAAUCCGGGAGAAAACGUGUCAUUGAGGAACAACACCUGUAGUCCAACCAAAACUCAGUCGUCAAACCAAAAUUCAGUCGUUGCACACAAAUGUACCAUUUUACAAACUAGCAACACAGCAAUAAAGUGCUUCAACGUUGUUACCUUCACUUUCUUUACUGAUUUUAAUGAAAACAAAAGUGAAAUCCUACAGUGGUGAGCUCCUGACAUUCACUCUAAUGAAUCAAGUAAACCACGCAUAAGCUAAUCAGGCCUUGGUUUGUCCGUGUGGUUCAGUCAGCUGGGUUGUGUAUUCAUAUUAUUAUACUUUUAUACUGUCCUAUAUUAUGACCUGUGUUUUAAUGUUUAAAUAUAUCAUUGUUUUUUUUUUUUCUUUAAAGGAACAAUAAAGUUUUCAGCUGAUAUAAUAUGAAAAA